CUAACCUCGAUCAUCCGUUAAGCUCCAUUAACUUGUGGGCUUGCUGUCUAUCGCCAAUCUUCCGCUCGGUAUCCCCAUAUCGGCUUAUCGCAGAGCUCUGGUAGCUCCGACAACUCAACAACCUCAAUCAUGAAGGUAGCAACCUCGGCCUUGCUCUUCGGAGCUGCCACUGCAGCUGUUGCUCCUCAGCAGCAGGUCCUCAAGCUCCCCGAGCAGAUCACCGAGCAGUUCAAGGACAUCAAGACCGACUCAUGGACGAAGCCGCUCCACAACCUCGAGGAGUCCCUCAAGUCACUGACCGGUGAAGCUCGCCGCGUCUGGGAUGAGGUCGCUCUCAUGUUCCCAGAGUCUUUCGACCAGGCUUCAUUCUUUUCGUCCCCCAAGCCGCACGUCCGCAAGCACGACUCUGAGUGGGAUCACAUCGUCAAGGGUGCUGAUGUCCAGAGCGUCUGGGUUGAGAAUGCCCAAGGCGACAAGGAGCGUGAGAUCGACGGAAAGCUCGAUACCUACAACUUGAGGGUCAAGAAGGUUGACCCCAGCUCGCUUGGUGUCGAUAAGGUCAAGCAGUACAGUGGAUAUCUUGACGAUGACGAGGAGGACAAGCAUCUCUUCUACUGGUUCUUUGAGUCCCGAAAUGACCCCAAGAACGAUCCCGUCGUUCUGUGGCUCAAUGGAGGACCUGGUUGCUCUUCGCUCCUUGGACUGUUCAUGGAGUUGGGCCCUGCCUCCAUCACCAAGGAUGGCAAGGUCAAGUCCAACCCCUACUCCUGGAACGCCAACGCCUCCGUUAUCUUCCUCGACCAACCCGUCAACGUCGGAUACUCUUACAGCAGCGGCUCCGUGAGCAACACUGUUGCUGCUGGCAAGGACAUCUAUGCCCUCUUGACCCUCUUCUUCAAGCAGUUCCCCGAGUAUGCUGAGCAACCCUUCCACAUUGCUGGCGAGUCCUAUGCUGGACAUUACAUUCCCGUUUUCGCUUCCGAGAUUCUUUCUCACAAGAAGCGUAACAUCAACCUCCAGUCCGUUCUCAUCGGUAACGGUCUCACUGACGGCCUGACUCAGUACGAGUACUACCGCCCCAUGGCCUGCGGUGAGGGAGGCUGGCCAGCCGUUCUUGGCGAGUCUGAGUGCCAAUCUAUGGACAACGCCUACCCUCGCUGCGCAUCUCUCAUCGAGAACUGCUACAACUCCGAGUCUGUCUGGUCUUGUGUCCCUGCCUCGAUCUACUGCAACAAUGCUAUGAUCGGCCCCUACCAGCGCACUGGACAGAACGUCUACGAUGUCCGCAAGCCCUGCGGCAGCAAUGGCCUCUGCUACGACGAGAUUGAUUGGAUCACUGCCUACCUUAACAAGAAGGAAGUCAUCAAGGCCGUCGGAGCCGAGGUUUCCGGCUAUGAUAGCUGCAACUUCGAUAUCAACCGUAACUUCCUCCUCCAGGGUGACUGGAUGAAGCCAUAUCACCGCGUCGUUCCCGGCAUUCUCGAGGAGAUCCCCGUCGCCAUCUACGCUGGUGAUGCCGAUUACAUCUGCAACUGGCUUGGCAACAAGGCCUGGACUGAGGCUCUCGAGUGGCCAGGCCAGAAGGAGUACAAGAAGGCCGCUACCGAGGAUCUCCUCCUCGGCGGCAAGGGUGACAAGAUUGGACAGGUCAAGUCCAGCGGUAACUUGACCUUCAUCAGGAUCCACGGUGGUGGCCACAUGGUCCCCUACGACCAGCCCGAGGCUUCGUCCGACUUCUUCACCAGGUGGUUGUCUGGCGAGUGGUGGGAGACCAAGUAAAUUGUGUCACAUUUCUUUUUUCCCUAAGUCACGUAUAUGAUGAUACCGCAUGGCACGCCCAGAGAUUGUAAUCUGUUGAGAAGAUCUGGCUUGGUUUCAUUCUGGUAAUCUUAGCAAUUUGGAUUCAAAUCAUUUUGU